CAGUUAAACAAAGUCUCAGCACAAGUGGCCAGAAAAGCAGCUGAUGAUGUGACUGCUCAGACAGCGAGUAGGCGAUUUGUAGCUGGUGCUAUGGGUCCUACAAACAAGACGCUCUCUGUGUCUCCCUCAGUGGAAAGAUCAGACUAUAGGAACAUCACUUUUGAUGAGCUGGUUGAAGCAUACCAAGAACAAGCUAGAGGACUCUUAGAUGGAGGGGUUGAUAUCUUGUUAGUAGAAACCAUAUUUGAUACAGCCAAUGCCAAGGCAGCUCUCUUUGCGCUCAAGAAACUGUUUGAGGAAGAGUAUGAUCCCAGACCAAUAUUUGUUUCUGGAACCAUUGUAGAUAAGAGUGGACGCACUCUCUCUGGCCAGACAGGAGAGGCAUUUGUCAUUAGUGUAUCUCACAGUGAGCCACUUUGUAUUGGCUUAAACUGUGCAUUAGGGGCAGUGGAAAUGAGGCCUUUCAUUGAAACAAUUGGGAAGUGUACGACGGCCUACAUCAUCUGUUAUCCCAAUGCAGGUCUCCCCAAUGCUUUUGGAGGUUAUGACGAAACCCCUGAAGUGACUGCCAAGCAUAUAAAGAGCUUUGCUUUGGAUGGUUUGGUCAACAUAGUUGGAGGUUGCUGUGGAACCACUCCAGCCCAUAUCAGGGAGAUUGCUGAAGCAGUAAAGACAUAUAAACCUCGUAUUCCCCCCUCCUUCGUUUCAGAAGGGUAUAUGCUGCUGUCAGGUCUUGAGCCCUUCAGGAUUGGCCCAUACACCAACUUUGUUAACAUUGGUGAACGCUGCAAUGUGGCAGGAUCAAAGAAGUUUGCUAAGCUCAUCAUGGCAGGCAACUAUGAAGAAGCUCUGAGUGUAGCCAAGGCCCAAGUUGAGAUGGGAGCCCAGAUUUUGGAUAUCAAUAUGGAUGAUGGAAUGCUGGAUGGGCCGAGUGCUAUGGCUAGAUUUUGUAACUUCAUUGCUUCGGAACCUGACAUUGCUAAGGUACCGUUAUGCAUCGAUUCUUCAAAUUUCUCUGUGAUUGAAGCUGGCUUGAAGUGUUGCCAAGGGAAAUGCAUUGUGAACAGCAUCAGCCUGAAGGAAGGUGAAGAUGAUUUCCUUGAAAAAGCAAGAAGGAUUAAGUUGUACGGAGCAGCUGUGGUGGUCAUGGCUUUUGAUGAAGUGGGUCAAGAAACACUGCCAGGAGCUAAAAUAAGUGGAGGCCUCUCCAAUCUGUCCUUCUCCUUCCGGGGGAUGGAAGCCAUUCGAGAAGCAAUGCAUGGAGUUUUCCUGUAUCAUGCAAUUAAGUAUGGCAUGGACAUGGGGAUAGUGAAUGCAGGGAAUCUUCCAGUGUAUGAUGAUAUUCACAAGGAACUUCUACAGCUGUGUGAGAAUCUGAUCUGGAAUAAAGACCCAGAUGCAACAGAGAAGCUUUUACAUUACGCCCAGACUCAUGCCCAAGGAGGAAAGAAAACGGUACAGACUGAUGAAUGGCGGGAUAGCCCUGUGGAGGAAAGGCUGGAAUACUCACUUGUCAAGGGCAUUGAAAAAUACAUCAUUGAAGACACAGACGAGGCAAGAUUAAACCAUAACAAAUAUCCCAGAUCUCUGAAUAUAAUUGAAGGGCCCCUGAUGAAUGGCAUGAAAGUUGUUGGCGAUCUUUUUGGUGCUGGAAAGAUGUUUCUGCCUCAGGUGAUAAAGUCUGCUCGAGUUAUGAAGAAGGCAGUUGGCCACCUCAUUCCCUACAUGGAAAAGGAAAGAGAGGAAAAGAGAGCUAAAUCCAGCAGCAUCGAAGAAGAGGACCCUUACCAUGGCACAAUUGUGCUAGCUACUGUAAAAGGAGAUGUACAUGAUAUUGGCAAGAAUAUCGUGGGAGUGGUACUAGGCUGCAACAAUUUCAGAGUUAUCGAUUUAGGAGUUAUGACUCCGUGUGAUAAGAUAUUGAGAGCUGCUAUUGAAAAUAACGCAGAUAUAAUUGGCCUGUCUGGUCUUAUCACGCCUUCUUUGGAUGAAAUGAUUUUUGUUGCCAAGGAAAUGGAGAGACUAGAGAUCAAGAUUCCUUUGUUGAUUGGAGGAGCAACUACAUCUAAAACACAUACAGCUGUGAAAAUUGCCCCACGGUACAGCGCACCAGUCAUUCAUGUCCUGGAUGCAUCCAAGAGUGUGGUGGUUUGCUCUCAGCUGCUAGAUGAAAACCUGAAAGACGAUUUCUUUGAAGAAAUAAUAGAGGAAUAUGAAGACAUUAGACAGGACCACUAUGAGUCUCUCAAGGAAAGAAGAUAUUUAUCAUUGGAGCAAGCUAGGAGAAAAGGUUUCCAUAAUGACUGGCUGUCAGACUAUAAACCCGUUAAACCUAAAUUCUUUGGUACUCAAGUUUUUGAAGAUUAUGACCUGGAGAGGCUGGUGGAAUACAUUGACUGGAAGCCUUUUUUUGAUGUCUGGCAACUUCGGGGCAAAUAUCCCAACCGAGGAUUUCCUAAAAUUUUUAAUGAUAAAGCAGUGGGAGAAGAAGCCAAAAGAGUUUAUAAUGAUGCUCAGACUCUACUAAAAACUUUGAUUAGCAAAAAGAAGUUGCAAGCCAGCGGCCUGGUUGGGUUCUGGCCAGCGCAGAGUGUUCAAGAUGAUAUUCAUUUAUACAUAACAGAAGAGGCAUUGCAGUCUGCAGAACCAAUAGCUAAAUUUUAUGGCUUAAGGCAACAGGCCGAAAAAGACUCCAACUGCCCAGACCCAUAUUACUGCCUCUCUGAUUUUAUAGCCCCCUUGGAUUCUGGUGUUCAUGACUAUUUAGGCCUGUUUGCUGUGGCCUGCUUUGGGGUAGACAAGCUGUGCAAGGAAUAUGAGAAACAGUGUGAUGACUACAACAGCAUAAUGGUGAAAGCACUGGGAGAUCGUAUAGCAGAGGCAUUUGCAGAGGAGCUCCAUGAAAGGGUCCGAAAAGAAUUCUGGGCUUACUGCAACAAUGAACAGUUGGAUAUUUCAGACUUGCGCAGGAUCAGAUAUGAUGGAAUCCGUCCAGCUCCUGGGUACCCGAGCCAGCCUGACCACACUGAAAAACUCACCAUGUGGAAACUUGCAAACAUUGAGGAGGCAACAGGUAUUCAGUUAACUGAAUCACUAGCAAUGACACCUGCCUCCGCAGUUUCAGGUCUCUACUUCUCCAACCCCAAAUCCAAAUACUUUGCUGUUGGUAAAAUAUGUAAGGAUCAGGUGGAAGAUUAUGCACUGAGGAAAAACUUGCCAGUGGUCGAGGUUGAGAAAUGGCUAGGGCCCAUCCUGGCAUAUGAUUUGGAAUAACUGUUUGUGGGAUGGCAGGAGCAAGCCUCUGCCUUGGUCUUCCCAGUUUCUUCUCCA